AUGCGCCUUCUGUGGGACUUAACCUCCAUCUCGAUCGGGGCCUACUCGUGCCUGCUGAAACUAUUCCAUAUGGCUGGCUUUGUAAACUUUGCUCUCCACAUUGACCAAAACGUGGGUAUCGAGAUCGGAGAGCACCAUUGGAGGGUGAAUUUCAUUUGGUGGAUGCUUCACUGUCUGUACUGGGUGAUUUCUUGCGUGAUGUCUAAGUAUGACUACACUUGUCUAUACAACGGCAUGGAGCUAACCGAUGUCAUGAAUAACUACUUCCGGUAUGUCAUGGCAAUGGUAACCGCUUUUGCAUCGCUCGGGGACUCCUGUUGCAGUGCCGGGACACAUCGGUCGAUAUGGAAGUGCUAUCAGAGGUUGGCCGUUCGAACCAGGGCGUACGUUGGCCUACUCGAUCGGGCCAGUGCAGCCGCUUAUAUGCGGCGGAUCUUGAAGUUUUUUCUAGUGACUGUGGUUACUUGUGCGGUCAUCCAAUACAAAGCAUUCUACACUCUCCGCCCGGGAACACACUGGCAGUGCUUUUGGAUGUACAACUUUUACCCGAUCACGAUGAGCUACCUGAGGCACAUGUUCCAUCUGCUACACAUUGGAUUGAUGACGGAAAACGUGCGGCAGCUUCGAACCAAACUGGAUCAACUGAGGCAAACCACCGUGUUGGCUACACUCGAACGCCUGGAAGACUGCCGGUCGAUCUACACCGAGCUCUGGCAGGCGAACGAAGGUAUCAACGAGCUGUUCGGAUUCUCGCAGGCAUUCAACGUGGCCUUCAGUUUUCUGCAGAUUGCCUCCGAUCUGUACUGGGUGCGCGCCAUGUGGCUGUCCGAUGAUCCAGACCUUGAUUGUAAGCUAUAA